GGGUGUGGCCGCUGCCGGGAGGGGGCGGGGCCGCGCCUGCGCGCUGCGGCGCUUUCGCCUGUGCGGGUGGCGCAGGCGGGAGGGCCCAGGUGAGGGGCGCGCGUUGCCCGGCGACGGGCGGGGGGCGCCGCGCGGCCUGUCCCGGCCCUGCGCCUCGCCUUCCUCCCGCGGCCCCGCCGAGCCCCUUCCGGCCCCGCCGAGCGCCGCUGACAACAUGGCCAGCUCCCCCGUGUCCCGGGUGGUGUACAACGGAAAGCGGAGCGGCGGCCCGCGCUCCCCCGGCGCCGGCAGCGAGAUCUUCACGCCGGCCCACGAGGAGAACGUGCGCUUCAUCUACGAGGCCUGGCAGUGCGUGGAGCGCGACCUGCGCAGCCAGAUGGGCUCCGAGCGCGGCCUGGUUGAGGAAUACGUGGAGAAGAUGCCGAACCCCAGCCUGAAAGCGUUUAAACCCGUCGACCUGGGUGAUCUGAAGAGGAGGAGCACACAGGAUGCUAAGAAGUCCUAAAGUGGGUCCUCCCUGCAGGUCGGCUGCUCUCCUGAGGUCCUCAAGCAGAUUUAAUUCGAGAUUUUGUGUUGAUUUCUUCCUCUGGUCUGUCCUUCUAAAAGCCCAUGGUAGAGCCAGUCAGCUCUGGGGCUGGCUCUGAAGCUGCCUGAGGUCGAGGAUGCUAAGGGCCUCACUGAGACUGCCCAGAGCCUGUUGCAAAGGAUUCCAGCCCCCCACUCAUAGCUUUUUCUGGCCUCAAACUGCUCUUCCCCACUUCAUGCUGAGCACCCCGAUCCCCUGUUCCCCUCCUGUCGCUGCCCUGUGUGCUAGGCUGGGCAGGGCCGAGGCAGAUGCGCUGUUGGAUCAGGCAGCAUGGGGUCUCGCUUUCCCUUGUGCACUGGAGCUCCACCGCUGCUGGGGCUGGCCGAGGGCAGGUGGCACAUUUGAGUCUAUUCCUGUGCCUCCAGACACAGGGGCAACCCCUGUCCAGCCCUACUGUGUAGCUGAGGGCUGGGAGACCAUAGCCAGGCUCCUCCCAGUUCCACUGCAGCAGCAAGUUGCUUCCUGGGCUGCUUGCUGCCAGAGCACGUGGGCUACAUCUGAGGCCACAUUUUCUACCUGCUUAGAUCAGACCUGGUCCCUGUGGUGCUGGAGGGGAAGGUGUUUCUUUCCCUACAGAUGGAGAGGUGGAGUGUCAUCACCUGCCCCAGGCUUCUGAGGGGUGCUCAGAGGGACCUGGGCCACCUGCAGCCCCACAGGAGACAGUGGCCAUGGGAGCAGCCAUGGGGCUGCACAGAGCAAGGCUCGGGAGCUCCUUGCCCUGGCAACGCUGCAGUUUUGUACUAACACCAUUUUCCAGAUGGGCAACCCCUAGAAGAGACCUGGCCCCUCAGCUUGCCCUGGGUGGCUGAAGGUGGUGGAACCACGCCAGGGGUGCUUCCUUAAGCCACUUGCUCCUGGCACUGUGUGGAUGGUUCCUGCAUCCUUGCCUGAGCCAGAGAGAGUGACUGUGUCAACUUUGCCCACCCGAGCUGCUGGGCUGCUCCAUGGGGAAGGGUGGCAGCCCCCUGCCUGCCUGUGCUCCGAGCUGGCGGGGAUGGGGCUGCCAGGCCUGCCCAGUACCAGUGGCUGUGGGGAGGGCUACAGGGACUUGGGGCUGCCAAUUCCUUUCCUUUGUUGAGUCCUUGAGUUGUACUGUACCCUUUCCUUACUGUGGUAUGUCACUUGAGGAGUGUUGUAAAUAAAUGCUGGUGUCCUUU